AUGGACACAUACAUGGCUGGCGUCGACCGUCGCAUGUCGAUGGCCGAAUCAACAAGUCUUGCCUCUGCUAUUAUGAGGUUGUGUUGUUGGUGUGAUGCGACUGUGUUGUUAGCUGAUGAGGCUGUGUCCUGCGAUGAUGCAGAGAUGCUGCGGAGAGUUAUGUGGGAGAAUGACAGAGGAGAAAGAAGAGAGAG